UGUCUUGUUUGUGUCUGUGAAGCCGCCCGAUGACCAGAGCAGACAGGGAUCUCACCUUGUCCUUGAUAGACAGACAGACGAUAGAUUGAGAGAAGAGAGAAAAAUAGAGCUACAGAUAAAUUACGCGAACACUGCGACGGACCCGACCUCCUUCACCUCACGAGGAAGAUAUCAUCAUCAUCACUUAUCACCGGAUUUGGUGGAUCCAGUCAGCACUCCCUCAACUUCUGCCGCAGUGACCGGCACAUUUGAACUGACUGCUAGAGCGCUACGCUCCACUGACUGGAUGUCUUCCAAGCGACCAAUCUCUCCAUAUGGGGGGACAGAUGGAGAAGUAGUCAUGGCAACCAACAGACAGAGAUUGGAAGAGAGAGAUGACGGACAGGCUGUCAUGCACCUCCCUCUGGCUCCCUACUGCAGCAAGGUGUCCCCCCGCUCGCCCCGCUCCCUGGACAGUCCGCCUGCCCUGCACGGAGCCACGGACCAGGAUGGCAGUAAGGGAUGUUCUCUGAGCCCCUACGCCCAGUACAACUCUUCAACCUCUCCAGCUGGUAAGCAACAGCUGGAGGACGGUAGUCGCCCGGGGAGCGAGGGGAGUUCUGGGGCCGCAGCGCUGGGGACCCCGGAGAGACGUAAAGGGAGUCUGGCUGAUGUUGUGGACACUCUGAAGCAGAGGAAGAUGGAGGAGCUCAUCAAGAACGAACCAGAAGAAGCCCCCAGCAUUGAGAGGCUGUUGUCUAAAGACUGGAAGGACAAGCUGUUGGCCAUGGGAUCAGGACACUUUGGAGAAAUCAAAGGUACCCCAGACAGCCUGGCAGAGAAGGAGCGCCAGCUGAUGGGCAUGAUCACCCAGCUCAGUAGUCUGAGGGAGCAGCUCUUGGCGGCCCACGAGGAGCAGAAGAAGCUGGCCGCAUCGCAGAUUGAGAAACAACGCCAGCAGAUGGAGUUGGCCAAACAGCAACAGGACCAGAUUGCUCGGCAACAGCAGCAGCUUCUGCAACAACAACACAAAAUCAACCUCCUGCAGCAGCAAAUCCAGCAGGUCCAGGGGCAGCUGCCCCCACUGAUGAUCCCUGUGUUUCCCCCAGACCAGAGGACUCUGGCUGCAGCCGCAGCCCAGCAAGGCUUCCUGCUGCCGCCUGGAUUCAACUACAAGCCAGGCUGCAGUGACCCCUAUCCUCUCCAACUGAUCCCGACGACCAUGGCGGCAGCCGCAGCCGCCGCAUCCCCGGGCCUCGGCCAGCUACAGCUGCAGGGACGGAGAGGGUCUGAGAUGGACAACGACAGGACUUAUGAACAGUUUGGAGUAGACUCCAACUACAACAACUCUACAUGGUGGUGUUUACAGCAACUGUACGCGGCUCAGCUGGCAGCAAUGCAGGUGUCGCCAGGGGCCAAACACAGCAGCAUGCCCCAGACCAAUCUGAAUACACACUCUCCGACCAACACGCACCAAGAGAAAAGCCGCAGCACCCCGCCGCCCAAGCCCAAGGACGAGGGUGCUCAACCCCUGAACCUGUCAUCCAAGCCUAAGACAGCAAGCGAGAGCAAGUCACCCACCUCCCCCGCUUCCCCACAGGUCCCCUCCAUGAAGAUGGGCCACCACAGCACCGGAUCCAUGAAGCACAGCACCGCCCCCUCCAGUAUCGGAGGACCACCGUCUCGAGUCAGCUCCAUAGACCUGCUUUCAUCCCUGUCCUCGGGUGGCUAUCUGAACGACCAUGAAGCUGUGACCAAGGCCUUCGCUGAGGCCAGGCAAAUGAAGGAGCAGCUGAAGAGGGAACAGCAGGUGUUGGACGCCAAGGUAGCCGCGGUCAACAACCUAAGCCUCAACAACGGACGCUCUGACAAGGACAAGGCUGCCCUUGAUAGUCUGAGCCACCAGCUGAAACAGCAAACGGAGGACAGAGAGAAGUUCAGCCACGCCAUGAUGGACUUCACCAUGAGCGGAGACUCCGACGGCAGCCCCAGUGUGUCUGAUUCCAGGAUGUUCCGUGAGGCCCGGGGACGAGGGAACAGCGAGCCGCACAUUAAACGACCCAUGAACGCCUUCAUGGUCUGGGCAAAGGAUGAGAGGAGGAAGAUUCUCCAGGCUUUUCCCGACAUGCACAACUCAAACAUCAGCAAAAUCCUCGGUUCUCGUUGGAAGUCCAUGACCAACCUGGAGAAGCAGCCCUACUACGAGGAGCAGGCCAGGCUGAGCAAGCAACACCUGGAGAAGUACCCCGACUACAAGUACAAGCCCCGGCCCAAACGCACCUGUCUGGUGGACGGGAAGAAGCUGAGGAUCGGCGAGUACAAGGCCAUCAUGAGGAACCGCAGGCAGGAGAUGAGGCAGUAUUUCACUGUGGGGCAACAAGCCCAGCUGCCCCUGUCCUCGGCGGGCGUGGUGUACCCGGGCACCCUCUCCAUGGCGGGCAUGCCCUCACCUCAGAUGCCCUCCGAGCACUCCUCUCUGUCCAGCAGCCCGGAGCACAAUGCCACCCCACUCCAGACAUCCUACCACCCCAGCCUCAAGGGAGACGAGCCACGCGUUAAACAGGAGGAGCUGCGGUUGGACGACAGCAACGGCGACGCGUACGACGACUUCGAUUACGAGGACGAGGACGGUGAUUAUGGAAGCGAUAAUGACCACCACCAGUAAGGCCGGGAGCCGAGCCAAUUGGAAUCAAGCUCCCCGCUUCUUGCCGGAAAUCCCCACCUUGUGCCGCCCGCCCACCAAUCCUGAGCGACUUAUACAUCCCUUAUAUCCAACCAUGUCACAACCUCCGGCCCGAUUUACCCCUCUUACAAACAAGGACUCUGGGACCUCAGAGCCAAGCCCCUCCCACUGGAAUCCCAAUACCAGCAACCAACCAAUCAAAUCAAGCACAGGACUGUUACAAAGACUGCAGUCUAGGAGUAGACGAGUUGAAGCCGUGACUUCUGCUGAGUACUACGCAGUACUGCAGCAUACUAACAAAGUACCUGAGAGUACUAACAAAGUACUACAGAGUACUAUAAUAUUACUGCUGUGUACGCCCUAGAGGCGAAGUGAGGUAUACAGCAUGUCACGAGUAAGCUACGAUAUGAGGAGUAAACACAGAAAAGAAAAAAACAUUUUAGACCAGUUUGUCGUCAAAGAGACAUAUUGAAAAAACAGCAGGCCUGUCAGUUGAUUAUACUUCAAGACGGCUGACCUGUUUGUUUAUAAAAGAGACAUUUUUAAAACAGCUUUUUUUCUUGGUUCUAUGAUAUUCUCACUCAGGUACCCGGUGCCAACAAGUGGCUUGUGAAUGUGAUUUGUUGUUUUUGUGCUACAGUUUUAAUAAUAGAUUUAAAAAAGAAAAGAGACGUUUUUUUCCAUUUCAUUGUAAAGCACCUGACAAAAGUCAAAGCAAAACUUUUAUUUAGAACUUUCUUCUUUCUCCAACUUUGCAGUGUACCGUCAGCAAAUAUCCUUGCUUGGUGCACAUGUGUAUGUAUGACUCCCAUAUCAGAGUCAAAAUGGAACAGUCCAAUCAGGGCCACCCCCUUGUGUUGGAUAGUGAGGACCGGCUCACUUCAGGGGACUGUGGGGGGGGGGUGGGGGGGGCCUUGUUAUCAUUGGCCAGCUUGGACAGUACUGUGAUAAUAACCCUCUUCUCUCCUUUCACAUUUUAUUUCGCUGUUUAAAAUGGACACAUUUACAGUCCCCACUUUUAAAUGGAGGAAGGUACAAAUAUCAGUUUCUUUUAGACAUGAAACAUCCUCUUGUGUGUGUGUAUCUCUGCAAGCUGGUUUAGCCAUCAAUAGACAGUAAAUCCCAGAAGUGACCCUUUCUAAGACAAGCGGACAACACAGCCCCCAGUACUUACACACGUCCACAAGUUCCCUCUCUAAACCCCAUUACAGCUUCAGUCUGCUGCCAACGGAUAGAACCAGCCCCACAAGCCAAUUAUUCUUACCCAGAGCCUAGAACCUCCCUCAAUACUCCCAACUGAAAAUCCACAAGGUUGUAUUUUGUUCUAGAAGUUAGGUGGGAUUCCUGUAGGCUCUCGCUCGCUGUUUAGUUCGACUGAAGUGCCGUCCGUCCCUCCUGAGGCUUCAAUCUCAGUCAAUCUGCUGUCACCCUUUGUCUCCCAUUUGUCACCCUCUGUCUACCAUUUGUCACCCUCUGUCCCCAGUGUGUUACCCUCUGUCCCCCGUGUCACCCUGUCACCUUCCUGUGUUCCUCAAAAACACGUCAUUCUGCUGUUCUUAUUGGGAGGAGCUGAUCAUUUAAUCAGCACAUCAGUGUUGCAUUUGUAUUUAAAUACUGUAUUUUAUUAUUUCUAUUCAAACUGCCUCUAGUGUAAUAAUAUUAUUAACAAUAAUUAUAACGAUGGUCAGCAUUUCUUUAAGUUUUAGUAAGUUAUGUACAGUAUAAUUUAUUUUGUCUUGGGUUUUUUAUGACCAAUUUGAAACUUCUUUGGUCAAUGAAGCAUUAUUAUAUUUAGCUGGUUUAGAGUAUUUACAUCUAAUGUUGUCCUUUGACUUUUUUUUUAAUUUUGGGUUCUUCUGUUUUUAUUUGAUCCGUAUGUUUUGUAUUAAUCCUAUAAUGGACACUGUGUGUGGAGGUAAAGAGAGACGGCCACAUAGCGAACCAACGGCUGUUGUUCGUCGGGAAGGAGACCGGACUUUCUAUUCGCUAUCUGUGUCCCUUGUUUUGACGACUUAACCCUUUAUGUCCAAACCCAUUUCUUAAAGCACUCAGACUCUGUGUGGUCAUAGAAAAGAAGAAAGUGAUUUUUUUUAUGGUUAAUGUAUAAUGUGAAAUUUAUUCUACUUUCUUUUUUUUUGAAGAUAAAAGAAAACAGGCGUAUUAUCCUACUGUUUUCUCCGAACAAAAGGAGCAAAGCUCUUGUUUACUAGGGUUGUUCUUUAAACCAAGACGCCGUGGAACGUCGUUGGGGCUGGCAGACACACACACCACAGAAACAAAGCGAUUGGAAGACAGUUGGGCAUAUUUUAAAUAACAAUCCAAAUAAUAAUCACGAUAUACACAUAGUCUCACAUUUAUGACCCAUAGGAGAAUCAGUGUUUACUUUGCCUGUCCAACAAUGUUCCAGGUCGUGACCAGACAUUCAGUAAGAUGACCUGUCAUAUCUAUGUGACUCCGGUAUUCUGGAGGUAUUACUUUGUUUUAGCUCCACACUAUGGCAUAGCCAUUAGCCAUGUUCGCUCCCUUCUCGGGUGCCCUGCCAGAUAGUGAACCCGCCCAAUCAUCCUAGCUGUAUGUGUUUACUAUUACAUAAGCAAUCACAAAAAUGCAUCAUGCCAGAUAGGGAGUCUCAAAGUCAAUCAUGCUUGGCAAUACAGACACCCUCACAAUCAGGCCAUAGUGAGACCUAAUGCUGGAGAGAGGGUGGGCCGUAUUUAGUCUAGAAGCUUUAGGUUGGAUGGGUCAGUUAGCCUGGAUCGUGUUUGUCAGUAGGAAAGGGUUACAACUUCAAUCACCUUAGCUGAUUGGUCUGCGCCCAUACUGAGGUAUAAUCAUGUACUUAAGGGUCAGGAGUUUUUCCAAAUCAUGUAACCUGACCAGAAAAGCUCUGUGCUGUAGUUGUUCUAGAAAUCCAGAGUUUUUUAAGAACAGUUUAUGACUGGACAAAUACUGGCCCUUAUGUUGACUGAUACAAUGACAAUGUUGACGAUAGUGAUGAUGAUGAAAAUAAUAAUUAAGACAAUCAAAAGUCAUGAGUGGAGCUCAAAACAAAGUAAGAGUUAUUAAGAAAAACUUAUCUUACCAUCUCAACUUGAAAAAUGGAGAAAGAUAAUUAUGUAAAUAUAACAUAGAGUUAUAGAUUUAUAUUUUGUUCAUAACACAGUGUAAUAUAAGUUGUAUAUUUCUGUUUCUCUUUUAUUGAUGUUAUCCAUGCCACAGUAAACGCAGGAGUUUAUGUACUCUUACAAAAAAAGAAGAAAAAUUACAAAUAAACAAAUGAAACAAAAAAAACAAGAAGCCGUGGGCUUGCCAUGCACCAUCUGUUCUAAGUUCACUUUUUUCAGUAUUAUUGCCAGUCAAGGCUUUAAUAAAAACAGCAAUGUGUUCUGUAA